AUGGCUGCACAAGGCGCUAUCACAAAUACCGAACGCACUCCACUCCUACUUCGAUGCGGCGGCAAUUCUUCCUCGAGUAGCUCAAGUCUUUUUUCGAGUGCUGCGUCUAGUGAAGGUUCUGAUGAAAGGCUAUAUCCUCCUUGCCGUGUUCCAUCACUAGACGAAGAGGCGCGACUCGAGUCCAAGCCAGAGCCAUCACUAGCGGCGAUACCCACUUCAGUCGGUCACAUCGUAUGCGUUCUGCUCAUUGGAACCUUCAUAUCGAAUGCAGACUCCUCGCUGCUGUUCGCUACGCAUACUGUCAUUGCAUCAGAGUUCAAUGCCCUCCACGACUCCAGCUGGCUCCUCACCAGCUUUGCCCUUGCUCAAGCGGCUACCCUGCCACUCUAUGGGAAACUCAGUGACAUCUAUGGACGCAAGGCGCUCCUACUUUUGGCCUAUGCGCUCUUUGCUCUCGGAUGCUUCUUAGUAGGCAUUGGUACAUCGAUGCCAGAGCUUAUUAUCGGUCGUGUAAUAUCUGGGUUCGGUGCAUCUGGCAUGACAGCAUUGGUCUCGAUCCUGAUCACAGACCUUGUGCCCCUUCGAGAUGUUGCGACUUGGCGUUCGUGGGUAAACAUUGUUGCAACCACAGGGCGCAGUAUUGGAGGACCUCUUGGGGGCUGGCUGGCUGACUCUGUAGGCUGGAGAUGGUCCUUUCUAGGUCAGGUUCCAUUUGCCGGCAUUGCCAUUGUUCUGGUGUGGAUGAUCUUGCCGACCCAUGUCCACCACCUUCUCGACGAGGAAAUGAAGGGAACCAAGUUCGCUCGCAUCGACUUUUUGGGAGCCAUUCUUAUGACCCUGAGCAUAUUAGGCUUGCUUCUGCCGAUGGAGAUUGGUGGUGACCGAGUUCCCUGGUCGGAUCACAGAAUCGCACUACUCUUUGCUGGAGCCGUUGCAUUUGGUAUGCUAUUCCUAAUAGUCGAAGGUUGGGUAGCCAGGGAACCCAUCAUUCCGCUGUCAGUUCUGCGGCACAAAGAGGUGCUACUCUCGUCAUUCAUCAUGAUUUGUCAGACGGGCGCACAAGUCGGAUUGAUGUUUGCUGUUCCACUCUAUUUUCAGGUGACUGCCAAAGCUUCAUCGACUGCCGCUGGCGCUCACCUCUUCCCUGCGGUAUUCGGUAAUGCAAUCGGCGGUCUUAUCGCUGGUUCUGUGAUCAAGAGAACAGGUCAAUACAAAGCUUUGACCCUUGCUGCUACUGGGGUUGCAUCUUUGGCCUAUCUGCUCCUGAUCCUUCGAUGGCACGGAAACACUAACUGGCUUGAGUCUCUGUACAUCUUUCCUGGCGGCUUCGGUACGGGUAUCGCUAGCUCUACAUUAUUCAUCAGCAUACAAGCAGCCCUUGACCCAAGUUUUGCCGCCAUCGCUGCCUCGACUCUAUACUUGGCCUCGUCAGUAGGUAUGCUGGGUGGUAUGGCGGGUGUAAGUGCUGUUUUGCAGCAGUCUUUGAGGGCCAAUCUUGAUGAACGGCUCACUCAUAUGGGCUUUCCUGACCACAAGAGAUGGAAGAUUGUCGAGAGCGCCGUCUCUGACGUACAUUACAUCGACAAAGUAAAGCCAGCAAUCGCGAACGCAAUCAUUGGAUCCUAUGUUGAGGCGCUGACCUGGACGCAUGUGGUGUCUUUGGGCUGCGCCCUCACUGGGUUUGUUGCUACCCUCUUCCUUCGACAGCACAAGCUAUGA